UGUGGGAGAACUGGCCAGGCGAGGGAGCCGGAUAAAGAAAGGAGAAGAAAAAACAGCCUAGAAGAGAAGGGAGCAAGCAACGCUAUUCGACCAACGGAUAGGACAAGGCCAGCCACGGCUGGUCGGACGGAGUGGAGUUUAUUUAAAACAUGUAUUUUAUUCCGUCGUUUUAUUUGAUCCUGUAGGCUACUAGCUACGGUACUUAUUCCCAGCCGUGCAGGUUAUCCUGUGAAAAGAAGGCAACGAAAACGGACACGUUGGGGAUUUCUGUGGACUAGUAGCGGAGCUGUUGUAGGCUAGUGUGGCGCUACUCUUCUUUCUCAUUGUUAGAGAAACACGGAGAUAAAUGGUGGUUGGAUUCCAAACUGGUUCGCCUACAUUCCCCGUCGCUUUCUACGAGACAGCGUUUGGAUAUAGGCCGGAUGAUCAUUUUGUCGAACGCAGGAGUAACAUUUGUGACAAGCUAGUCUGCUAAUUGUUGCCAUUUUUCUCCCUCGCAGCGGCAGCACCGUUCGUUCUCCCUCCCCCUCUUUUGUCGUUCGCCAAGCUGACCAUUUUAAAGGCAGCUCUACCUUUCCUUCCAGGCUUUAUUUUUUUUCCUUGUGGCCUCCUCGCUCCCUCUAUCUGCCUCAACCGUGGAACUAGAACCCUGCACACGCGUUCGACUCAGAAUACAAAAGAAAUCAGGCGAAUCUCGGCCGGGUUAUGCCAAAGAAAAUAGUGUUUUAUUUGUUUACAAGUACUGUGUAGGCCCUGAUCGACCGUUUACUUUUUUUUUUGUUUGUUUUAGACAAUUACAUGUUUACAGCUUGCUUGCCGCUGUUGGUCAUUUGAACGAGCAAUGCAAUUUUGUAGUUAGUUUUAUUUCUUCCUUUGUUUAUUGGCUACUUUGAAUAGUUAGUUUUAUUUCUUCCUUUUUUUAUUGGCUACUUUGAAACACUGUGUUUCGAGUCAGGGACAUUCAACUGUAAAAGGCAACUAGGCUACCUCUGGAAAAAAAUAUACUAUUUUCUCCUCUUCCUCCCUUCAUCCGACACUGUCACCUUUUCCCCCCCUAGUUUUGUCGCAAAAACGGCGAGAUUUUUCUGAAAGGCAUGGAGGACCAGGCCCGCAUGAUGUCGGGUCUCGUCGGACUGUCCGGACUGUCUCAUGCCGACGUGGGGGACCAUGACGCGGGGAGGAAGCAGCACGCCCUCGGCCAGCCGCAGCAGGACAUCGGGGAUAUCCUCCAACAGAUCAUGGCCAUCACGGACGAGAGUCUCGACGAGGCCCAGGCCAGGAAACAUGCGUUAAACUGCCACAGAAUGAAGCCCGCCCUCUUCAGUGUGCUCUGUGAGAUAAAAGAGAAGACAGUCCUCAGUAUCCGUGGUAUCCAGGAUGAGGAUCCACCAGAUCCACAGAUCAUGCGAUUGGACAACAUGCUGCUGGCAGAGGGCGUGUCCGGCCCGGAGAAGGGUGGGGCCUCGGCGGCGGCAGCAGCUGCAGCGGCGGCAGCUGCAGGCGGGUCCCCUAACGACGGCAAUAUAGAACACUCAGACUACAGGGCCAAGCUGACUCAGAUCAGAGGGAUAUACCACUCUGAACUGGAGAAAUAUGAACAGGCAUGCAGUGAGUUCACCAACCAUGUGAUGAACCUGCUGAGGGAGCAGAGUCGUACGCGGCCCAUCUCUCCCAAGGAGAUCGAGCGCAUGGUGGGGAUCAUCCACCGCAAGUUCAGCUCCAUCCAGAUGCAGCUUAAACAGAGCACCUGUGAAGCCGUCAUGAUCCUACGUUCCAGAUUCCUGGACGCCAGACGGAAGAGACGUAACUUCAACAAGCAGGCUACUGAGGUGCUGAAUGAGUACUUCUACUCCCACCUGUCUAACCCCUACCCCAGUGAGGAGGCCAAGGAGGAACUGGCCAAGAAGUGUGCCAUCACCGUCUCUCAGGUGUCUAACUGGUUUGGUAACAAGAGGAUCAGGUACAAGAAGAACAUAGGGAAGUUCCAGGAGGAAGCUAACCUGUACGCUGUGAAAACAGCUGUAGACGCAGCCAGCGUCUCCUCACAGGCCAGCCAGGCCAACUCCCCCGCCACGCCUAACUCAGGCUCGCCAGGGUCAUACAGUCGGCCCAACACAGGCCACGCCCACCCCGGUGUACACCCGACCAAUGGGGAGGGGUUAUUUGUCAGCCCUCCUCUGCAGCCUCAGGUGGAUAUCCAGCACCAUGCUACACUCCUGACGGGAUGUUAUGAGGAGCUGCCUGGAGGAACUCUGUUUCCUCCCCACUGUCUCCAUGUUGAUAGUGGAUGGCAGGACAGCACUGACCACCCCUCUCUCACCCCCCCUCACGGGACACCGGGCAGCGUGCACUCGGACACCUCAAACUGAGACACCAACUCACCCCAA